AUGUCAAGAAACGUGUCUACCGGCUCGCUGAGGGCGAGACCAUCUGCGCUCUCCACAAAGUCAUUUACGCGCUAUGAGCCCUCUCUCACUUCUCCUACCUCCACUAGCAGAAGCAGAGCCAGCACCAUCCAGUCUGUUACUGACGUGAAGUCGCCCAAGAAAGUGGACGGCUCGCCAGAAGACGUUUUUGACAAGUCUAUUGCCGAGGACAACGAACCACCCUCUCCCGAUCUGGACAGGUCCAACAGCCUUCCGGACCGCUUCGAUGAACUGCCCAUAGAGCUGGCAAGCCUCUGCGACCGAUUUGUCGAAUCCCUCAGCGCCAAAGUUUACAAUGAGCCGCCAGCCAUCGAUCAGCUGGCCGAGUUGUUCCAGGAGUUUUAUGCAAGAGCAUCUGGCGCAGUCUCCAUUCAUAUUGCGACCUUGAGGUCUCGCCUUAACAGAGGCACUUCUCCUGCGCCCUCGAACGCCAGUUCGCGAACGCGAGCUGCACCGAGCAGAUCCUCACCUGAUUCACUAGGCUCAGGCGCAGGUCGUGGUGGCGCACAACAAAUGCUUACAGCAUCUGAAGUGACCGAACGGCGGAAACAGAGGAAGCUCCUCGAAUAUAAGAGAAUUGUUCUCGAAGAAGCCGUGGAAAAGAGAGUAUGUGAGAAGGUCUAUGAGAAGAUAUGGAGACACAAAAGCACCCUGGACGAAGUCAGGGACGAAAAGCUAAGAUCCAAAACAGCCGCAUUGACACUUGUUGGCAUCGGCCUGAAAGAUCUGGGUAUCGAAUUGAGUGAGGACAGCGGAACAUCGGCCGAAGAUGUACAAGCGUCUCUUGCCCCUGCACGGGAGAGUCUGGCCAAGAUGAACGACGAAUGGUAUCCCCUAGGCAAGCUACAGCACCUCACAACUGCCCACAAAGCCGUGGUUGACACCCUAUCGUCAAUUCAUUCCUCCUCAUCUUCGGCCGACGAGAUCCUGCCCACUUUAAUUUAUACCCUGAUUACAUCCCCGAUCGAAGGCAUCAAUGUUAUCAGCAAUCUACAGUUCAUCCAAAGGUUCCGGGCCGCCACGAGGGUUGACGGUGAAGCUGCCUACUGCCUGACCAACCUGGAAGCUGCAAUCACUUUCCUGGAGGAUGUCGACUUGGCAAGUCUGCGCGCGGACGAGAGGCCAGAAGGCCCCACGAAAGCAUCAGCACAAUCCGAAGUAGACCAAGAUCCGGAGAAAAUGGAAGUCUUUCCUCCACUACCUGGGACGGCGCCAGCACCGUCGACCCCCACAACGGCCACCUCAACCUCGAACGUUACAGGCACAGCAGAAUUAAGUCCAGCUGCAUCAAUCAUCAAAGACCUACCGGGAAAGCCUACGAAGACACCUCCUACGAGACACCAACGCACCUUGUCCGAUCUACUGCAACCAAUAACCAAUGCCAACGAAGCUGUUCGGUCCACGGCCGAGGAAGGCUUCAAGAACAUCUCCAACACCCUCGACAACAGCCUGAAGUUUUUCCUAGGCAAACUUAAGGAAAGAGGGAACGAAGGUGCCAACACUGAAGUCGUUGUCCCAAAGACCCUUGACGAGGCAAGGCAACUCGUCAGUCGACCACUGACGCCAGAUGAAGACGACCACGCGCUCAGCGAAUCGAGUUCAAUGCACGACGGGCAAACAAGCCCCGUGCCUUCCAACUUGACAAAGACCGAAGAGAAGCUGUUAGGUCUGCUAGGUGGGCGCAAAGCCGCCAUGCGCGAACGAAGCGUCGAUAGCAUCAAGAGUAACGCCAGCGCUAGCGGGAGGAGGGCGGGAUCCCUUGCCGCUACCACGAAUUCGCCUCCCAAUGGACCUUCUGUGCCGGGCAACGCAGCUUCUGCACAGAAGCCCGCUUCAGCAGCCGUGCCAGCAGCGAGCAACAAUCCACUCGAGACGGUCAAGAACUUCGGCAAUAGCCUGAACCCCAUGGGUUCCCUAGGAUCCGCCUUUGGUAGUGCAUUCGGCCGCUUUGGCGCUCGACCAUCAACUUCACCUCCAUCGGUAUCAUCAGUGCCAGCACCAGCCCCACCAACCAUUGUGGUGGAUAAAGACAGCAAGAACAUGCCCUCAAGAGUAACAGGUGAGGAGGACAAACCCCCGACGACGGCAACGAACGAAGUGCCCUUCAAGACACCAAACAAAGCUGAACUCGCAGCCAUCCGCGCCGCCCCUCCGGUCCCACGAUUUCUCCUCCUAGGUGACGCGAGCGAGCUCAGGUUAGGUGAAGUGCAGGAUCUGCUGGACGAUUACCAGCGUCUAGCGAGGGUGCUGGGCAAACUCGUGCAGAGGGCCCAGAACGAAGAGGCAGAAGGGGAAGCCGAAUUAGACGAAGGUGACAAGGAGGACCUGGAAGUACCAUAA